UGUCACGUGACUUAGAGAUAUGCUCACUUCGAACAAGAAAGGCGAGUGACGACGUACAGAGAAAUCCAUUCACAAGAACCUGUUCAAGAUGGCCGACGCCAAGCGAGUUGUAGCCAUAGCGAUGGACGGGAGCGAGAACUCGGACUAUGCCUUUCAAUGGUAUAUGGACAAUAUUCACAAAGCAAAAGACCACGUCAUCUUUGUCCACUGUCCAGAAUAUCAGGCUGUUGUCCACUCAAGUAUGGUGAUGACUGACAUAGCUAUAGUAGCAGACCAACUGGAGGUGGAACAACAUAGGAUCAAAGAAUUCAUAGAGCAGCUGGGGGAGAGGCUGAAGAAAGUGGGGAUUGGCGGUAAGGUUCGGAGUAUGGGUGGAACGCCAGGGGAGGUAAUCGUGAAGAUUGCCGAGGAGGAGAAAGCCAAAAUGAUUGUGACGGGUACACGUGGAUUGGGGAAAAUCCGGAGGACGUUUUUAGGCAGCGUCAGUGACUACGUCCUUCACCAUUCCAACGUCCCCGUCAUCAUCAUCAAACAGGGACAGUAAACACACAACCACGAAUGACGAUGUGUCGGUGCAUGGUUUCUAUAGCGACUUUUAGUUGAACUCUGAUGUUACACUAGCAAUGGGAUGAGAUAAUGGAUGACGUACUCCCGCGUCGUAGCGUGACAAUGGAUGAGCCAUGUCUCGUGGUAAGGCGCACGUCCUUAUACCAUUCGUAGUGAGCUGACGCACAUAUGUUGUGAUCAAAGACUAAAAUACAUAUCAAUAUAUUCUUCGGCAUAGUGAAGCUAUGAAACAAUAUGCCUUUGAACAAAGUAAUUGAUAAAUACUUUAUGUAUGUAUAUUGUGGAUGUUGAUAUAUUCAACUGUCGAGUGUGGCGGGACAAUUUUCUGAAAAUUUCUCAAAUUGUGAUGAAAGUAUUUUAUUUUAAGGAUUCACAAUGUUUCAUUACAUUUUAUGUCUGUGCUAAUAUACCAGAACUUAUUUCUAUGUAAGAUAAUUCCAUGGACUUAAGUGAUUACUGAUAAAUUGUAAAUGAUAUGAAAUAUGUUGGGUUGUCUGCUUGUACAUGUCAGAAUGUUAUAUAUUGUAUUAUUCUAAAUGUGUAUAGUGUCAUCAUUCAUAAUGAUGUUAUGAAGUUCUCACAC